AUGAAGAGCACUGGGAUUCAGUAUGAAUUUUUUAGAGACUGGGAUCAUGUUCGUCCAGCUGCCCUCAUUCCUGUGGUGGAGAUACGCCAACCCGUUGCUGCAAGCACACCCACAAGCAUCGCUCAGCUAAUGACUGGUGCCUGUCCGAAGACUGCUGCCAUACCUAUGGGCCCAGCUAGUGGGGCCUUCACUCCCUACACGGCCUCAACCUCCCCAAGGGGCAGUACCCCAGACUUGGCUCAGGUGGCACCUGCCGACAAGCAGUCUUUUAUGUGCCCCGUGUGUGGGAAACAGUUUGGGCAGCCCUACAACCUCCGCCGCCACCUGACCACCCACACGGGAGAGAGACCUUACCGUUGUCCCCACUGUAACUAUGCUGCCUCUCAGAAUGUCCACCUGGAGAAGCACAUCCGACGCAUACACUUGAAUAAUGGCCAGAAUGAACACCCAACUGGGCCAGCCGUCACUUGGCCCCUGCAAGCCACAGCUGUAACUCCUUAA